AUGGACGGCAAAAGCACCAACGGCGGGGAAGGAAUAGCCAAGAGGUGGAAGCAGCUGAGCGGGGAGGACAACUGGAAGGGCCUACUGGACCCACUGGAUCUCGACCUCCGCCGCUACAUAAUCCACUGCGGCGAGAUGGCUCAGGCCACCUACGACGCCUUCAACACCCAGAAGAAGUCCAAGUACGGCGGCAGCAGCAUGUACGGCCGGUCCGGUUUCUUGGGCAAGGUCGGGCUGGAAAACGGCAACCCGUUCAAGUACGAGGUGACCAAGUUCCUGUACGCCACGUCGGCGGUGAACCUCCCCGAGGGUUUCAUUGUGAAGUCGCUGUCGAGGGAGGCGUGGUGCAAGGAGUCCAACUGGAUGGGGUACGUGGCGGUGGCGACGGAGGAAGGAGUGGCGGCGCUGGGGAGGAGGGAUAUUGUGGUGGCGUGGAGAGGGACGAAGCAGAGUUUGGAGUGGGUCAAUGAUUUGGAUUUCUUGCUGGUGUCGGCGCCCGAGGUGUUUGGGGAAGGGAGUGAGGUGAAGGUGCAUCAAGGUUGGUAUUCGAUUUACACCUCCGAUGAUGCCAAGUCUCCUUACAAUACCACCAGCGCUAGACACCAGGUAAUGAAUCGAGCUUCAAAUACUGUUUUGGACCAAAAAAAAAAUUGA